AUGAGUUUUUUCCACAGAAUAGAUUCUAAGGCAGUAACCGAUACAAUAUUCUUUGUUGGUGCAACCAUAUCGCUUUAUUACCUCACAACUCAACUUAUUAACGAUAUGCGGACUCGUGGUACUUCAAAGGAAGAUAAAGAAAAAGCCAGACUUUCGUUAGCUAGACUCAAGCAAACUAAUCCGGGUGUAGAUCUCGACUUGAAUGAAUAUGAGCGUUCCCUUUUACCAUGUGUCAUUCCUCCGGAGGAGAUUGGCGUGAAAUUCGAAGAUAUUGGUGGACUUGACAAUAUAAUUACGGAUCUACAGGAGAAUGUCAUUCUUCCUCUCACAUGCCCCCAACUUUUUGAUCAAUAUGCCUCAUUAUUGCAGGCUCCUAAAGGAGUUCUUUUGUAUGGACCUCCUGGAUGUGGAAAAACAAUGCUAGCAAAGGCUUUAGCCUCUGAGUCUGGCGCCAAUUUUAUAUCCAUAAGGAUGUCGAACAUCAUGGAUAAAUGGUAUGGAGAAUCAAAUAAGCUGGUGGAUGCAUUGUUUUCGCUUGCACAGAAGAUUCAGCCAUGCAUUAUAUUUAUUGAUGAAAUUGAUUCCUUUUUAAGAGAAAGAAGCUCAACGGAUCAUGAACUCACAGCCAUGUUGAAGGCUGAGUUUAUGACUCUUUGGGACGGACUACUGUCUUCGGGACGGAUCAUGAUUUUAGGUGCAACAAACAGGGCAAGCGAUAUAGACUCUGCAUUCAUGAGGCGGAUGCCAAAAAGGUUUGCUGUUUCUCUUCCUAACGCAGAACAAAGAAAGCACAUUCUUGAAAAGCUUCUGCGUGGAAUCAAGUACAACGCUGAUCUUGAUACACUUGUAAAAGUCACUGAUGGUCUCAGUGGUUCUGAUUUGAAAGAGCUUUGCAGAAGUGCAGCCGUAAAUUCUACAAGAGAGUAUAUUAGAGGAAAUGUUCUAAAUGGUAAACCAAUCGAUCCGAACGAAAAGAUUGUCCUUCGUCCUCUAGAGUUACAAGAUUUUAUUCAGGGCCUAAGCCCAUCUGAUUCCCUAUUACGUGAAUCAGACGGACUGCUGGUGAACCCAGUCGACUAA